AGGUCGUCGAGGAUCGGAGCGCGGAAGAACAUUUCCUCCGUGCCGAGGAUCCCCAAUUCGGCGCAAUUCUUCACAGCGCACAACAAUCCAUCGACAUCUCUCUUCCAUUCAGCCAACUUGAAUCUGCCUGGGAACCUUCAUCGCUGAGACAGACCGCGAUCCCUGACUUCAGACACCUUUCGGCGUCUCAUUGCAAUUCUGGCUCCGAUCUCCGAGCAGCAUCGCACCCGUCGAUCUCGAAAGCUUUUGAUGCCGUCCCUGCAUGCUGCAUCCCCGUAUAUCGUGUCAGAACCCGAGAUACGACCCGAAGGAACCCCUCCUCGACUGGGUCGAUGACUCGGAUGCGGCCUCAUCCUUCCCUCAAACCUAAAACAUGGCAUAUCCCUUGACCAGAAUCACAGACAGCAAUCAUCACAAUAGAUUUAAAAGAGAUGCUGCGCACGACGUUGAAAAGGGGACGACAGGCCCAUUGCGUCUCGACAACUCAAUCCGUUGUUGAGCUACAAAACUCGAACGACCCAAUUCACAGGCGCGGAAACAUGUCCUCCCUAGACACAAAACAGAUUGCUCUAGAAUUACCCCUUGUCAACCUGAUUCAUGCUUAGCAAAUGAUCCCAUCCUGCACAGAUCGUGGCAUCUGCACAGAUCACCCUGGGGAACCGGCAUACCCCCUAGUCGAAAUGACGUUUGUGACUCCGACUUAUCCUCCAACCUGACGCCAGCACCUCCAGAUGGGGUGUAGUGAAUGAGAGAUUUUCGAAAUGGAUGCUGAUGAUAACUACCGAGUGCAGGAGUCACAGCUGCUUCAUUUCUUACUGGCAGCUACAAUUGAGGUUGACAGCUGUCAAGGUCCCUUUGACACUACUGACGGCAGAUGCAGAAAAUCAAAACAUGUGAUGUGAAUGGGCAGGCCAGCCAUUGAAACACGCCUCCUCGAUCUGGAAAGGACGAGCUCCUUGUUCGCAGGCCUCCCCUCACGUGGGUUGAUGUCCGGCCACUUUCGCAUUCUACAGCCUUCUGAUUCAUGUCUCCCUCUUUCCCUGGACUGAUUGAUAGUCCUUUUCGUGUGUGUGCCUCAGCUGUCAAGAAUGACGGACACGUUCAACAAGGGCACUGGAAUGCUUGGUACGGGACUAGGCUAAUUUUGUCCUAAUCACCCCGAGUUUGCAAGCCCCUUCACGCGUUGAGCACACCGGCCCAUCAAAAUCUCAGCAAGGGAGAAGAGCACAAAAAUGUCCUGGAUCCUGUCUGAGAACUCGCCUUGUUGCCGAAGCGAUCCCUGCUCUACUUGGCUGUCGCUCGGAAUGUGGUCCAAGUGUAGAGAGCGGGACUUUCGAGAUUUUCACCUGGUGUCCAUAACUUCAUCUAACUCAUAUCGUAGUACGGGGCUCUUCCUUCGAUUCACUGUGCCUGUCGUUGGGUUUUCCGAACUUUGUGGUGUCUUUGUGUUCUUACAUCCUGUGGCAGAUAUUUUGUUGGUCUCAUCCGACCAAUAUGGACCAGUAUAUGCCCAUCCCUACCGAGGCCCGUACGAGUGAUCACACAGACGAUUUCGAGCUCUCGGACAUCGACAUAGAAAAGAUUAAUGACCAGCCCUUGCCCAAGUGGUAUCGACUACCUGGCUGGAGGAUAUCAUCGAGAUGGGAGGUCCCAUCAACCUGGAGGUUCCGGUCAACAGACGACUCCAUCAACCUAAAGACCGUCGCAGCUCUCAUUCUCGCCGGCGUCAUUACUGCACUCCCACGGUUUCUGCGACCAGGAGGGUUGAAGAGGAAGAAAAAGCUACAUCCGACUGCAUAUCUUGAUGCUUUGAGAGGCUGGGCAGCACUCCUAGUCUUCCGGUUUCAUAUGUACUACAACAAAACGUGGCUGCUCGAGCUGCCAGUCGUUCGCGGUUUCCUCAAUGGCCGCGCCAUGGUUGAGGUUUUCUUCGUCAUCUCCGGAUACGUUCUCAGUUACCGACUUCUCAAGAUGAUGCGCAAUCAGCAGCCGGACCUCCUCCGGGCUUUGGCCUCGUCGACAUUCAGACGGUGGUUUCGACUAUUCAUGCCGACAGGCAUUGGCUCUUUGAUCGUCGCUAUGGCCUCAUAUCUUGGCUGGUGUCGAGGGGAUCUUCGCCAGGGCACUUUCCUUGCCCAGCUUUGGGAUUGGUUCUGGGAUUUUGGCUCAACCACCAAUCCUUUCGCUGACAUCAAAGGCUGGUGGUAUCCAAGUGUCUUCCGCACGAAGUACCUCGACCCGAUGUGGACUAUUCCCGUCGAAUUCAGAGGAAGCAUAGUGCUAUUCUCAUUUUGUGCGGUCGCUGCUUUCUUGUCUACCAGAGGUCGGAGGAUCUGUUGUGGCAUCAUUAUACUCCUGUGCUACUACUGGUGGACCAUCUAUGCCGCUUUAUUUUUGAUCGGUCUAAUGAUAGCGGAUCUUUCGUUCGAUCGUCAUCCAGAGCGUCUGCAUCCCAUGCCUCUUCCACCGCAGGACAACGAAGCAUCACCAAAUCACAGAACUAGUCGGCAAAUCCUCACCAAGAUUGGGUGCAGUCUCCUUGUGGUUGUGGCACUGUUUCUCUUCGGACAGCCGCAAGACGGAUGGAGCUAUCAAGGGCCAUUCCCAUUCGACUAUCUCAGCAAGGUCAUUCCGUGGUGGUAUCCCCUCGAUCUCAGUGAAUACUUCUGGCUCAGUAUUGGAGCCGCUCUUCUGGUUUUCGCUUUGGACAACUGUCGCAUGCUUCAAAUCCCUUUCGAGCUUGGCUUUUCUCAAUAUCUGGGAGACAUCUCGUUUGGUAUUUAUGUCAUGCAUGAUAUUGUCAACUGGUGCUUUUAUGAGCCUAUUGUUGAACCAUGGCGUGCGGCACACCUUGGCGAUGGUUACUGGUCUGGCCUCCCGGGGAUGCUGAUUACAACAACUGUGGUGCUGUGGACCGCGGACUAUUUCUCAAGGAUUGAUGCCUGGGUUGUGUGGUUUGGAAAAUGGCUGGAGUCGAAGACCUUUGUCAAGUUGGAAAAUUAAGGGGAUGUUGUGCAACUUACAAGAAUGAGGUCGUCGUUGUUCUUCGGUUCCGAUUCCCGAACCCCAGUGUGCGAUAGGUUUUGAGGUUACAGGCCCUUUCCCCUUGAUAUUUCCUGGAGUUGAGAUGCAUCUGCCAAAGCAUAUACCUGGAUUCCUAGGGCCGGUGCCAAUCACAACUUCUGAAAGCCAGGCUGACUGUUCGUCUUUUCGGAUACAUUAGGAGCGCUACCCGAAUCUCCCAUACCCAGUUAUCAACUCCCAUCAUUUAUUCUACCCAAGGUUACAGAACUGCUCAUACUCAAAUU